CGUCUGCUGGAGGGAUUCUCUGGGAAAAGAGAGACGCAGAAAUUGCAGCAGGCUGCAGCCAUUCCCUCGGGACACUGCAUAAUCUACACUGACAUCCAUCAAGAUGAUAGGCACAGCUUCAGCAUGGUAAACCUCCUCAAAGGCAAAUCCAACCAAGCCAACCACACAGAACGGUCACCCCUUCUCAAGUUCCCCCAAAAUGACAGUAUCACCUACAUGACACUGCAUGAGUCCAGCCUGGGAUCUGGAGAGGAAUCAUGGGAGGCCAGCUCUGCUGAACUGGAGAGGAGGUGCAGGCUGGGCAGUGAGGUGGCCAGUCUCUCCCACAUCACAUCCAUGGAUAAAUGUGAACAUUACUUCAAACUAUCAUCCCCCAUCAGGUAUUGCUUAAGGACAACAAAAAUCAUCACCAUCUUCAUCAUUGUUGUUCUCUGUUCACUGUUUUUCAGCAUGUAUCCAGACAGGGAAAGCCCCUGGAGGAUGCUAGCAGUCUCAUCCACCGAAAGCUUCUCCAUGAAUCUUUCUGAUUUUCGUGACAACUCCCUGCUGAAGCUGCAGGUUGGUGGGCCGUUUUUGGGAGGGAUAGAGGCAGUUCAAGAGGCCCAGGAGUAUAUUCUGAUCCAGGUGGAGCAGACUGAGGAGGCGGGGUCUCGCAGGAGAAGAACUCAGCAGGUGCUUUAUAACUGGACUAUACCAUUGCAUUCCCAACGAAGUGACCAAAUUCUGAGAACAAGGACAUUUGAAAUGGUUAGCAGCGCUCCUAUUCUGAUCAGUGUGCAGGCCUUUCUGUUAGACGGUCAGGUGGUUCCUCUGUCCAUGACUCACCAGUCACUCUAUGUAACCGUGGAAACACAGGUGCUUAUGGCUGGAUUGAUCCUGGCAGGAGUCUAUGUGCUCAUCAUCUUUGAGAUUGUUCACCGCACUCUGGCUGCAAUGUUAGGAUCCCUGGCUGCUCUGGCAGCACUGGCUUUCAUUGGAGAUAGGCCAAGUCUAAUGACUGUUGUGGAAUGGAUUGACUAUGAAACACUUGCCUUUUUGUUUGGAAUGAUGAUACUGGUGGCAAUAUUCUCUGAGACUGGUUUCUUUGAUUACUGUGCAGUGAAGGCGUAUCAGUUAUCGCGAGGAAGAGUGUGGCCCAUGAUUAUCAUUCUGUGCCUAAUUGCAGCCGUUCUGUCAGCCUUUCUCGAUAACGUAACCACUAUGAUGCUUUUCACCCCCGUUACAAUCAGGUUAUGUGAAGUGCUUAAUUUGGACCCCAGGCAUGUCCUGAUUGCUGAGGUAAUCUUCACCAACAUCGGAGGAGCUGCCACUGCUGUUGGAGAUCCUCCCAAUGUUAUCAUCGUAUCCAACCAGGAUCUGCGUAAAAAAGGGAUUGACUUUGCGGCCUUUACGGGUUACAUGUUCCUGGGAAUCUGUCUGGUGCUGCUGACCUCAUUUCCUUUUUUGAGAAUGCUGUUCUGGAAUAAGAAACUUUACAACAAGGAAUCCAGCGAAAUCGUGGAACUGAAGCAUGAGAUUCUGGUGUGGAGGCAGACAGCCCAUCGCAUUAACCCUGCCAGCCGAGAGGAGACUGCCGUCAAGUGUCUUCUCAUGCAGAAGGUGCUCAAUCUGGAAAGCCUCCUGUGCAAGAAGCUCAAGACCUUCCAGAGGCAGAUAUCUCAGGAAGACAAAAACUGGGAACACAAUAUUCAAGAGCUGCAGAAAAAGCACAGAAUAACUGAUAAAAUCCUCCUGGUCAAGUGUCUGACUGUCCUUGGGGUGGUCAUCUUUAUGUUCUUCCUGAACUCCUUUGUUCCUGCCAUACAUCUGGAUCUGGGUUGGAUCGCUAUCUUGGGGGCUCUGUGGUUACUGGUGCUGGCCGACAUUCAGGACUUCGAGAUCAUACUUCACAGAGUGGAAUGGGCCACCCUGUUGUUCUUUGCUGCUCUGUUUGUGCUUAUGGAGGUAUGGUAA